AUGAAUGAGUCGGACACAAUCGACGAAUUGAGAGAUAAUUUGUUUGCAAACAAAGAUCUCAUUACCGAAGAUGCGAGGCGAUGGCCGACGGGUUUGUAUGGAUUGCCGACUCGAAGCGGGAAAUUGAAAUCUUUGGACAAAUUUGACGCUCAGUUUUUUGUAUUCAACGGAAGACAAUCGGAUUCAAUGGAUCCCCAGUUGAGACUACUUUUGGAAGUGACGCACGAAGCGAUUGUGGACUCGGGCUGGAAUCCGAGAGCACUUCGGGGCACAAACACCGCUGUAUUUGUCGGCGUGUCUUCAGCCGAGACUGAAGAGAGUCUGUCAACUGAUCCAAAGUCUAUCACCAACUUUGGUGUUUUGGGAACCAAACGCCAUAUGCUGUCCAAUCAGGUGUCCAACACCUUUGAUCUGCGCGGACCGUCUCUAUCAGUGGACAGUGCGUGCAGUUCAUCGAUGGUUGGCCUCCAACUGGCGUUCGCAGGUUUGCGCGCAAAUGACUUUCAAAUGGCAAUUGUUGGCGGAGUUAAUGUCAAUCUUCGGCCAAAUUCUGCGCUUGAAGUCCACAAAUUAAUCCUCUCAAAUGACGGAAAAUGCAAAUUCUUGGACGCGUCGGCCGACGGAUACGCGCGCUCUGAGACAGUGUCGGCACUCGUACUCCAGAAGCUCCACAAAUUCCUCUCAAAUGACGGAAAAUGCAAAUUCUUGGACGCGUCGGCCGACGGAUACGCGCGCUCUGAGACAGUGUCGGCACUCGUACUCCAGAAGCGCAGUCACGCGCGUCGAGUCUACGCCACUGUUAUUCACGCGAAGACUAAUUCCGACGGAAACAAAGAGACGGACACUCAGUCUUCGCGAUCACAAUCGGAACUAAUGGAGACAACAUUGAAAGAGUGUGGAGUAGACGUAGAGUGGGUUAAGUACGUGGAGGCGCACGGAAUGAGCACUUCUUUGAGCGAUCAAAACGAAAUGAACGCCAUUUAUAAAGUCUACGCAAAGAAACGAUCAGAUCCACUGAUUGUGGGAAGCGUGAGGACCAACUUAGGACACUCGGAGGCCUCUUCGGGAAUGUGCUCUUUGGCCAAAGUGUUGAUCGCGUUUGAAAACCAGAUGAUUCCGGCGAGUCUUCAUCUGAAGCAACCGAAUCCCAACAUAAAGCCACUGAUCGACGGAUCAAUACUUCCG